GUCUGUUUAGUUGGUUCGCGGACGGCAAGCUGAUCGGGUGUGUACAGUUAUGGCUGACUCGAAGUCAUUUAUGAGCCCCGAUUUCCUGACAAAAUUUAUAUACGAGUAUCGGGAUUUGCCGUGUUUGUGGAAGGUUCGUAGUGGGGAAUAUUCCAACAAAUUACAGCGGCGUGGAGCUUGGGAGCAUCUUGUUCGAAUAACAAGAGAAAAAAUACCGAAUGCUGACCUGAACUUUGUAAAAAAGAAGGUGGAUAGCAUUCGAGCGUCAUUCAGAAAGGAACUGAGGAAAAUUCGCGACAACACGAGGAGUGGUGCGUCUGCAGAUGGUAUGUACACUCCAACUCUAUGGUACUUCGAACUCCUUAAAUUCACCGCAGAGCAUGAGCAGCCUGCACACACAAAGAGCAUUUUAGACGAGAACAAAGAGAUUGCUCUCGACAAAACUUUUGAAGAAAAAUUCUGUAUGGUUGAGAUGCAGGCCGAACCAAACGAAGAUGUAAACAACGUCCAAAACGAAUUGACGUUGAACACAGAAUCUCACUCUUCAUCCCUAAAAAGAAGGAAAAUUUCGAAAAAACGAGCAAGAAUAGAAGCUGAAGAAGGACUGCGCCAACGGAAAGAAAUUCUAGGAAAGGCUUCCGCUGUACUGAACAAACCGGAGGAUGAAUACGAUGACUUGGGCAAAACGUAUGCAGCGAAAUUGCGCCGCAUGCCUGCUGCUCAAAGAGACAUUGCUGACAAGUUGAUUGUCGACGUACUUUACAAAGGGCUGCAGAACACUUUAACAACUUCCUAUUUCAUAUCUGAAUUUGGUUUUCCAAUGGGCUCCUGCCAAGGGAGAGAUGUCACGUCUCUCCAUACUACUAAAUCAAACUGUUCAACCCCAGUCACAUCCUCGUCUCCUAAAGAGUACAAAUUCCAACCUGACGAGUACGUAUAAUUUACACCCAUGGCUGCUCUUGGUACAUAUUUUCUUUUACAAUGAACCGAACGUGUUAAAUAAAAUGACCUGUUCAGAAUUGGAACGAAAAUUUAAUAAAAUUUAGAAUUAUUUGUCA